AUGGCCUCCAUCAAAGUCGGCGACACGAUCCCGCCCGCGACGUUCACCUACAUUCCCUACUCGCCCGAGCUCGACGACGCAGUCAGUACCUUCUUCCUCUCGACCGACGCCUGGAAGGGCAAGAAGGUCGUCCUCUUCUCCGUCCCCGGCGCUUUCACCCCGACCUGCCACCAGCAGCACCUCCCGGGUUACAUCAAGCGGUACGACGAGCUGAAGGCGAAGGGCGUCGACGUCGUCGCGGUCGUCGCCGCGAACGACGCCUUCGUGCUCAGCGGCUGGGCGCGCGUCGAGGGUCUCAAAGAUAAGAUCCUCGCGCUCUCCGACACGGACGCGCAGUGGUCCGCCUCCCUCGGCCUCUCGACCGACCUUUCCAAGCUCGGCCUCGGCGUGCGCACCAGCCGGUACGCGCUCGUCAUCGACGACCUCAAGGUCACCUACAUCGGCGUCGAGCCCGCGCCGGGCGUGACCGUGUCCGGCGCCGACGCCGUGCUCGAGAGCCUGUGA